UAUCUACCGAUAUGUUAGAAUCACAGACCUAUAUAUAGAUCUAGAUUUAAUGAGCUUCCUGUUUGGCACGAAGUUCGAACAUCAUAAUCAUUCUCAUCAUAUUCCAUAUGAUAGAUCUAGACUCUAUAGACUCUAGAUCUAUGAUAUUGAUUGAUCUAGAUUUCUAGAUCUUUUAGGGGGUUAAAUUAAAAAUCUAGAUCUAAGUUACAGUUAAGAUAGUGCAGAAGGUACGCACUAUUAGUGACUAGACUAGGAAGGAUGUUGACAUUAGAGGAGAAGAGAAAACAAUUUUGGCCCAAGUCUAGAGCCGAUAUGAAUAUUAUGAAUAUGCUGUGCGCAAGGCAGAUGUCCUAUGUAUUUGUCAUGUCUUCAUUUCAAAUUAAGAUUACUAAAAGAGUUGGAAUAAUUUAAAGCAUCUCCUAGUCUGGUGGUGUUCUCAAUAUGCCUAAAACAAAAAUUCAAAGACAGUUACAAAAACUAUCAACAGUCAGCGCAGCUAUGACCUGUCACUCGUCACCUUUAGUUCAGGGAGUAUUCACUAACCAGGCUACAUCCCCCACCAUAUCCAGAACAUCAUUGUCCAUGACUGAAACACCAAUGCUUGCUAAUAUUGUGACCUCUCCAGAUUCAGGUUUCUCUUCCCCAACAUGGCAUUGCAAUCCUACAGACUCCACUCCCAACACAGUAGGACACAAAUCUCUUCCUAGACGAUUAAAUCAGGAUUUUACUGCAGUUGCUGCUCAAAUUAGAUUGGAGAACUUCUUGUCAACAACGAAACAAAAUCAGGAUUUCCUAAGAUCUGAGAGUUCAACAGAGUCUGGUGCUGAUCCACAUCAGCUCUCCACCAGAUCUGCACUUUUAGAGCGACCAAUGUAUUCCUAUAUGGAUCUGAUCAAGAUGGCCAUCCUCUCAUCCAAAGAUGGUGAAAUGACUUUUCAGGAAAUCAUUUCUUGGAUUGAAACACAGUUUCCAUUUUUUAAAUAUAAGGCUAAAGAGAGUUGGAAGAACUCAGUGCGACACAAUCUGUCCCUACAUGCUGAUUUUAUGAAAAUUGAAGGCAAAAAGAAAGGAGCUAAAUGGAAACUAGCUGAUUAUGCUAGAAAAUAUCACAUGAAGCUUCCUAAAACCCAAUAUGUAACAAAAAAAACUCAAGUACCUAAUGUGAGCACCACCUCAAAAAAAGGUCUCAAGCCCAUUUUGCCAAAAGCUAAUUUUGCUCUUGUUCCUCUUACAUCACUUGGACAUCAAAUUUUGCAAUCUUCUUCUCACCUUUCCCCCUCUUUUGGACAUAACCUUUUGCCACAAAGUAGGCCAAUUGCAUCCCUUGGCCAUCAAAUGUUUUCAUCAUCAACUCAGCCUAUGUCCCCUUUUCCUCAGCAGAUCCAGUCAUCAAUUAGGCCUUCAGCCUCAGUUGGUUCCAUAGCCUCACUUGAAUCUUUAACUGGUUCUGUGGUUUUGGUUGGGUCAACAGUUGGUCAAAAAAGCUCUCUUGGAUCAUUAGCAUCCCAUGGAUCAUCAUCUGGUGUUGUAACCUCCCUUGGAUCAUCAUCUGGUGUUGUAACCUCCCUUGGAUCAUCAUCUGGUGUUGUAACCUCCCUUGGAUCAUCAUCUGGUGUUGUAACCUCCCUUGGAUCAUCUGAUUCCAUUUCUUUGCUUACUUCCCCAACAGUUACUAAAGCUCCACAAAGUCAAGAGUCAGUAUCUGCUCAUCGUCCCAAUUUUAAACAGCAGACUGGAAAAGUGUCUUCAGUAAGCCAUCCAAGAAUCAUACUAGGAAAAAGUAGAAAGUCAUCUAGACAGCGUCAGAAAGUCACAACAAGCCAAACUUCUUUUGAUAACAGGAAGUCUUUGCUGAAUGGCUCUAAAUAUGCAGCAUUGGAACCGAUUGAUAUACAAAUCUUGGAUGGGGACAGUAAACAAGAGACCAAAAUUGUUUUUCAUUUAAAGACCGCUAAAAACAGUGUUUCUGAAAAUCAGUUUUUCACUUCAAGUGUAGACAUGUUAAGUCCAACAUUUAGUCCACAUUCAGAAAGAUAUUCAGUAGAAAACAAUUUGCCUAAUGAAGGGCAAAAGAAUAUGUCUACUACUGGAAACAGAUUAACAUUAGCUCCUGCCUGUGAUUGCAGAAUUAAGAAAUCCAAUAAACAAAUGUAUUACUCAGAAAGAAGACUUUGUUGCAAUACAGAAAAUGAGCCUAAAUGCAAAAAACUGAAACUAGGGGAAAGCUCUCUCAAAGGUCUACCUCUUAUGAGCAUAGAAAAUAUCUCAAACAGUAUUAAGGAUACUCAUCAGAUAGCAACUCCUGUUGUCCUCAAAGAAAACAGAAAUAGUUUCAACUCAGCCAGAAAUGAUCGCAGUCUAAUUGUUUCUACUCAACAAGUAGACAUUGGACACAAAAAUACCAGAUCACGCAGGAAACAAAUUCUUGUUCAGCGCACACCUGAUGUUUCUCCUCCAAAAAUAAUUAGUUCAUCUGAUUACAAUAAACAAGAAACUGAUUUAAAUAUGAUUCUAAAUCCAUCCACCAGUUCUGUGUUAUCAAAUGAAAGAAUCAUAAAUCCAGAGCAUUGUUCCAUUACUCCUCCUGCUGGUGGGGGGAGAUUUAUGUCCUCCACCCCUAACCCUAGCCCCAAGGAGUAUAGAAUGACAUAUUUCCUGGAUGUUACACCAGACCAGCCUGUUUCUUUCAAUCAAAGUCUCAGUCCACAGAACCAACCCAUUUUGUUAAAUGAUAUUCCUUUAAACCCACAAAGUCAACAAAAUUCUUUUAAUGAUAUUCCCAAUGACAGUGCUUAUAAUCAACAUAUUUCAAAUGUACUAGACACAAGUCUUCCAGAUGCUAUCUCAUUAGACAUAAGUUUAUUAGACAGUAUCGAGACUUAUUUGAAUGGUAAUUUGAAUGAAUCUUUUCAAACAUCCCGUUUCUCACUAACACAAGAUUUAACUAAACAUUGUUUUUAAAGCGCAUAAUUAUUUAUGUUGCUAAACUAGGUGCCAAAUAAAUGUCUCUAAUAUAACAGCCUUAGAACACACACUCUUGUGAUAUCAUGAACAUUGCUUAGCAACCUCUGCUAUUUACUGACAAUGUAUUGAUAGGUUUUGACAAGUACUGAAAAUGUGUAAUAUACUGUGAAACUAUUUGACAACUAGGUUGGACAUUACUACAAGACGACUAUCACAUUCCCUGUAUCAUGUCAUCUUAAAUGUAGUAGAUAUAUAUAUACAUGUAACUGUAUACUGUUGAGUACAUAUGGAUUAAAGGAAUGCUUUCACCAACUGGAAAUAUGCUUAUUUUGCUACUUUGAUUUAGUUGAUCAAACUGACUGGCAGAAUGGAGACAAAUAUUCUUAGCAUAAUUUAAUUAAAAACAACAAAAGUAUUCAAGAUGUUGAUAUAGAGCAUUUUUAGUUAGGCAAAUUGCAUUGAUUUUAUUCAUUGCAUUUUUAGUUAGGCAAAUUGCAUUGAUUUUAUUCAUUGCAUUUUUAGUUAGGCAAAUUGCAUUAAUUUUAUUCACUCUUAAAUCCUGUAGAUCGACAAAAUAUGUAUAAGAACCAUUAAACCAAUGCUAAAUAUACUACACUUA